UUCCCUUUGCGCCUUCCCCGUUCUCGUUGAACUUGAGGCCUGAGUAGUACAUAAUACAAAGAAACAAAGCGAGAGAGACCGCAAUAGGCACAUGGCUAGAGAGAGAGAGGGGGGCGAGAAAUCUAGCGAAGUCGGAAUGAACUUUAGGGUUUUGAGAACCUGAAUCCGAAAUCUGAAACGAAACAAAAAUGGCGACGCCAUUUCCAGGUCUCCAGCACCGAGACGGAGGUGGAGCCGUGACUGUAAUGUCGGGCCCGGUGAACCCCAUCGACCCUUCAACGUCCAAGGCAUGGGUGAAGAACGACCCGGAACUCAAGCCCCCGAUCCUAAUCUUCUUGUUCUUCCACAAGGCCAUCCGCUCUGAGCUUGAGGGGCUCCAUCGUGCUGCCGUGGUUUUCGCUUCCGGCGGCGGCGAUAUCAAGCCGUUGUUGGAGCGGUACCGUUUUCUCCGAGGCAUUUACAAGCACCACUGCAAUGCGGAGGACGAGGUCAUCUUUCCAGCUCUAGAUAUCCGUGUGAAGAAUAUUGCCCGAACUUACUCCCUAGAACAUGAGGGAGAAAUUGUUCUUUUUGAUCAGUUGCUUUCUCUACUGGAGUCAAAUAUGCAAAGUGAAGAAAGCUAUAGAAGGGAGUUAGCCUCUUGUAGUGGAGCUCUUCAAACAUCAAUUAGCCAGCAUAUGUCCAAGGAAGAGGCGCAGGUUUUCCCCUUGCUCAUUGAGAACUUUUCAAUUGAAGAGCAGGCCAAUUUGGUGUGGCAGUUUCUUUGUAGCAUUCCUGUGAACAUGAUGGCAGAAUUUCUCCCAUGGCUUUCUUCCUCUAUAUCAUCUGAUGAACGUCAGGAUAUGCACAAGUGUUUGUGCGAGAUAAUCCCAGAAGAGAAGCUUCUUCAGCAGGUUGUAUUUGCUUGGAUUGAAGGGGAAACUGUCUCUGAAAUGCGUAAAAGUUGCAAAGAUGAUCUUAAGGUCAGAUGUCAAGAUUCCAGGAUUAGCACCUUUAUCAGUCAAACUGAACAAGGGCAUGGUGCAUGUGAAUCUUUAAAAACCAGUAAAAGGAAGUAUAUGCAGCUAAAUCUUGAUCAUACAAAACCCAGUAUGUCUUGUCCUAUAGAUGAAAUAUUGCUUUGGCAUAAUGCAAUAAAAAGAGAGUUGGAUGAUAUAGCUAAGGUGGCUAGGACAAUCCAAAUAUCUGGAAAAUUUUCUGAUCUACUUGCAUUCAACAAGAGGCUGCAAUUCAUUGCAGAAGUCUGCAUCUUUCACAGCGUUGCUGAGGACAAAGUUAUAUUCCCUGCUGUAGAUGCAAAACUCUCUUUUGCUGAAGAGCAUGCAGAACAAAAAAUUCAAUUUGACAAGCUUAGGGGGCUGAUUGAAAGCAUCCAAAGUGCAGAAGCCAACUCAACUUCUGCUGAAUUUUGCACAAAGCUGUGCUCACAUGCUGAUCAAAUAAUGGACACCAUACAGAAGCACUUCCAUGAAGAGGAAGUUCAGGUUCUUCCACUCGCUCGAAAGCAUUUUAGUGACAAAAAACAGCGAGAACUUCUGUAUGAGAGCUUAUGUGUGAUGCCCUUGAAAUUGAUUGAGUGCGUCUUACCAUGGCUGGUAGGAUCAGUUGGUGAUGAAGCAGCUAGGUCACUUCUUCAUAACAUGUAUAUGGCAGCUCCGGCAUCCAAUUCUGUGCUGGUCACACUUUUCUCAGGCUGGGCAUGUAAAGGUCGUUCAAGAAAUAUGUGCUUGUCUUCGAGUACAAUUGGUUGUGGCUCAGCUGGGUUCAUGACAGGAAUAGAAGAAUACGUUAAGGAACCACUUUGUGCAUGUGCCUUGUUGUCUUCUGCCGAGCAAAAACCUCCAAUCACUCAAGAAGAAGAUGAAAAUAGAAGGCCAGUCAAACGUGUAAACACAAUACCAGGGGAAGGCAGUGAUGCUUGUCACUUUUCAGGAACUGCAACCAUUGAAUCAUCUUGUAGCAAUCAGUCUUUCUGUGUCCCUGGGUUAGGAGUGAAUGACAAAAAUCUAGGAGCGAUCUCUUUAGCUGCAGGAAAGUCUCUACGCUCCCUUUCUUUUAGUCCUGCUCCUUCUCUAAACUCAAGUAUUUUUAACUGGGAAAUAGAUGUAGCCUUUGCCAAUGCUGGAUCUGCAAUGCGACCCAUUGAUAACAUAUUUAAAUUUCAUAAAGCCAUUCGCAAAGACUUGGAGUAUUUGGAUGUUGAAUCUGGAAAGCUUAAUGAUUGUAAUGAGACCUUUCUUAGGCAGUUCACUGGCAGAUUUCUUUUUUUAUGGGGUUUAUAUAGAGCUCACAGUAAUGCAGAGGAUGAUAUAGUAUUUCCAGCACUAGAAUCUAAAGAGGCUCUUCAUAAUGUGAGCCACUCAUAUACUCUGGACCACAAACAGGAAGAGAAACUAUUUGAGGAUAUUUCUUCUGCGCUUUCUGAGCUUACUCAACUGCAUGAGCACGUGAAUGGUAAAAACUUAGCGGAUCAUUUAGCUGGAAAAAACUUUAUCCCUUCUGAUCACAAUAAUAUUAUGAGAAAGUAUGAUGAGCUCUCCACUAAGCUUCAGGGCAUGUGCAAAUCCAUCAGAGUGACAUUGGAUCAACAUGUUUUCCGUGAAGAACUUGAAUUGUGGCCACUGUUUGACAGACAUUUUUCAGUUGAAGAACAGGACAAAAUUGUGGGUAGAAUAAUUGGUACUACCGGUGCAGAGGUCCUUCAGUCGAUGUUGCCGUGGGUUACUUCUGCUCUUACUCAUGAGGAGCAAAGUAAAAUGAUGGACACAUGGAAGCAUGCAACUAAAAAUACAAUGUUCAGUGAGUGGCUUAAUGAAUGGUGGGAAGGAACUUCUGCUGCAUUUCCACAUACAACAACAUCCAGGAGUAGCAUUUCACUAGGCACUGAUGCCUAUGAAAGCUUGGACCACAGUGAUCUCACUUUCAAGCCUGGAUGGAAAGAUAUAUUUAGGAUGAAUCAAAAUGAGCUUGAAUCUGAAAUAAGAAGAGUUUCUCAGGAUCCAACUCUUGAUCCGAGAAGAAAAGCAUAUCUUACUCAAAAUCUUAUGACCAGUCGGUGGAUAGCAUCUCAGCAGAAGUUACUUCAGGAAACAGAAGGUGAAAGCUCAAAUUCAAGAGAUAUACUUGAUUGUGCUCCGUCAUAUUGCGAUCCAGAGAAACAGUUACAUGGGUGUGAGCAUUACAAAAGAAAUUGCAAACUUCGUGCUGCUUGCUGUGGCAAGUUAUUUACCUGCAGGUUCUGCCAUGACGAAGUCAGUGACCACUCGAUGGAUCGGAAGGCUACAGCUGAAAUGAUGUGUAUGCAGUGCUUGAAAAUUCAGGAUGUUGGACCAGUUUGCUCAACUCCUUCCUGUGGUGGACUCUCGAUGGCAAAGUACUAUUGCAGUGUUUGCAAAUUUUUUGAUGAUGAAAGGACAGUAUAUCAUUGCCCUUUCUGCAAUUUAUGCCGUCUUGGGAAGGGGCUUGGUAUUGACAUCUUUCAUUGCAUGACAUGCAAUUGUUGCCUGGGAAGAAAUUUAGUGGAUCACAAGUGCUGGGAGAAAGGUUUGGAAACCAACUGUCCUAUUUGCUGUGAUUUUAUGUUCACAUCAAGUGCGAGUGUCAGAGCACUCCCAUGUGGUCAUUUUAUGCAUUCAGCUUGCUUCCAGGCAUACACUUGCAGCCACUAUGUUUGCCCAAUUUGUAGCAAAUCUUUGGGAGAUCUGGCGGUUUACUUCGGCAUGCUUGAUGCUCUAUUGGCUUCCGAAGAACUCCCCGUUGAAUAUAGGGAUCGCUGCCAGGAUAUACUGUGCAAUGACUGUGAUAAGAAGGGGACAGCACCCUACCACUGGCUACACCACAAGUGUGGGUCUUGUGGAUCCUAUAAUACCAGAGUAAUUAAGAUUGAUUCCAGUUCUUACUGUUCAGCUUCAAACUAGGGAGGGCAUGUGUCUCUUUCCCCCAUGGUUUUAUCUUCGAAUGUAAAUACUUUCGGUGGCGCUGCCACUUUUACAUGGUUUUGUAAAGCAACAUGCAUAAAAUGGUGAAUUUUAGUUGUUCUACUUGUACCCCAUAACUGGUGAGCAUUCCCAACAUUAUAAGGUCGGCGGCUGGUUUGAUCCCCAAUAUUUGAAGGUUGGUGGAUUUUUGUUCCUUAUAUAUAUA